GGCGUCGUCGUCGCGCGCUCGGGCGCGAAAUCGAAAACCCUGCGCGUCGAUCGCAAGGUGCCGCACCCGAAGUACGUGAAGCGCAUGAACGUGAGCAAAAAAUUCAUGUUUCACGACGCCGCGGAGGCGUGCAAGGUGGGCGAUCGCGUGGUGAUCGAGGCGUGUCGACCGAUGUCGAAGGCGAAAAAGUUUACGCUCAAGGAGGUGGUGUACGCG